AGGAUGGCUUCCUGGGGUCUACUUGACGACAAGGAGGAGAAUGAGCUUCACAAGUCACGACUUCUCAACGUGGAAGAGAAGCCCUUCAAGCGCGUGACUAAGCGCCUUAGCACUCUUCACUCCUUAACCCUCUCGAGAGCUCGUCAAGCACCCACCCCGCCUCCGGAGGGCAAUGGCGCGGCUGCUGGAACUACCGAGCAGGAAGUCCAAACGCCCACCGUGACCGGCGAUUCGGCCACAUCAGACCUCGCUCAGCUCAAGGAGGACAUCAUUCUGGACUUUGCCGCCUUUGAUAGCAGCAUCGCGCGGCUUCAGUUUCUUCUGACUGCCAACGAGCGUGAGCGCGAACGAUAUGUCGCCGAGCGUGAGCGCAUUCUUAACACGGCACAGGCGGUACGCAACAACACUGUCCAGCUACGUGUACAGCUAGAGCAGGCCCGUGCCACGCUCGAGGAGCGCAAGAAGUUCGAUGAGCUAGCUGAUAAGAUCACCAACAACCCUGCUUUGCGUACCAGGGCAGAGCAGGCGGCGAACCUGAGGAAACUGGAGGAGGAGAUUGCCGAGUUAAAGACGGAAAGCGAGACCUACGGCAUUACGUGGCAUGAGCGGCGCGACCAGUUUGCCAAAAUUAUGGAUGAGAGCAUGCGGUUGAGGCGGUUGAUCCGUGAUGAGAAGGAGGAGGUGGAGCGCCGCGAAGGCAUGGGCGAUGACGAAGGCGGUGCCGGCGACACCGAGGCGGACGCCGGACAGACCCCACGGCCCGGGAUUUCUAGCGGCAAUGCAACCCCGAGGCCGGAUAGCGGACUACCCACGAAGAGCGGAGUCGAGAGCGGCGACGCCGCUGGCACACCCCAUCCCGUCUCGACACUUGGCGCCAGAACACCAGCGCGCGAUACUCCUGCCCCGGGUGAUGAGAACCAGUCAUUCCUCAAGCCGCCUCAUGACGUCUCGGGAGGUUACUCGCAAACGACAAGCCAGGAAGCGAGCCGCGAAGGUUCCAUUAGCAGAGGUGAUGGCAACGAAGCGACACAGGGAACCGAUGUAGAGAUGACUGAGGUCAAGGAAGAUGAGGAGGAAGUCGAGGAGCCGGAUAGUCCUCUUUCGCCUCUGCCGGACCAGACCCCGCCGCGGCCGCGGAUCACGGUUGACGGUCCUAAUGUAGAUGAGGACACCAUGGACACCACGUAAGGAUAUUAGGUAUAGAGAAUGGUGUUAACGAGCAGUGGAAUGAAUGGUGUAGCUAUGUACGUUAAAUCCGGCUAAGCUCUCUUGUUAAUAUUAUCAUGGGCCCAAAAUCAAGCUUGAUUGUACCUGUGGUUCAUGCCGAAAUCCCAAUGGUUACCUCUUCACAGACGUCGAAGGCCCAAUCACUUCGCAGCCUUCACCGAAUCUCAAUACUUGGUAAAUUUGCACCAUUCCUCUAUCAUUUCUUCAUGUGGACCCCUCACCUCUCAAACGCUCUCCGUCAGCUUCUUGCCAUUCUCCAACGCCUCCUUAGCCUUCUUCAAAUCCUCCUCGGAAGCCGAGCCCUCACUCUCGGAAAUGGCAAUCUGCUCCUCAAGCUUCUGAACCGCCCCAGCAAUCCUAGUGAGGAGGGGGCCAAACACUGCCUUGGUCUCUUCAAGUGCC